AUGCUGUUUAGUUCCCUGACCGUGAAGAGGCUACCGUCGGUUUUGCUGGCUGGAGAGUCCCCUCGCCGUCUCAAGAUCUCUCUGAUCUCGGAGAUGAUUUUGUUUUCAACUUCUGGGUGUUUCUGUAUCACCCAGCAGAACCAUGAAAGCGCAACAGAGCUUGUGUCUCGUCCAGCUAAGAUGAAACUUGUGCAAAAUUGUCUAAAAAACCUAACGGUGGAAGGAUCAAUCUCGUUACCUUUUCUACGGCUCUCUAUCUGA